UUUCUCCUUGUGUUUGGUUGCUUGAUUUUGUCCGUGUUUUCUACUAUUCCUGAACACGCAAAACUUGCCUCUGGUUGUCUCUUCAUUCUGGAAUUUGUCAUGAUUGUUGUCUUUGGUUUGGAGUUUAUUAUUCGUAUCUGGUCUGCUGGAUGCUGCUGUCGGUACCGAGGAUGGCAAGGACGGCUGCGCUUUGCGAGGAAACCCUUCUGUGUGAUAGACAUCAUUGUUCUCAUCGCUUCAAUAGCAGUUGUUUCUGCAAAAACUCAGGGUAACAUUUUUGCAACAUCAGCACUGAGAAGUCUUCGUUUCCUACAGAUCCUUCGUAUGGUGCGCAUGGACCGAAGAGGAGGCACUUGGAAAUUAUUAGGUUCAGUAGUUUAUGCACACAGUAAGGAAUUAAUCACAGCCUGGUACAUAGGAUUUUUAGUACUCAUCUUUUCAUCUUUCCUGGUUUAUCUGGUGGAAAAGGAUGCAAAUAACCAAUUCUCCACGUAUGCAGAUGCUCUCUGGUGGGGCACGAUCACGUUGACAACCAUUGGCUACGGUGACAAAACUCCCCUCACUUGGCUCGGAAGGCUGCUGUCGGCAGGGUUUGCUCUCCUUGGCAUCUCCUUCUUCGCGCUGCCUGCUGGCAUCCUUGGCUCGGGAUUUGCACUGAAAGUGCAGGAGCAGCAUCGUCAGAAACACUUUGAGAAAAGGAGGAAUCCAGCGGCCAGCCUGAUCCAGUGCGUCUGGCGUAGUUACGCGGCUGAUGAGAAAUCGGUUUCCAUCGCUACCUGGAAGCCCCAUUUGAAGGCCUUGCAUACCUGCAGCCCUACAAAAAAAGAACAAGGGGAAGCUUCCAGCAGUCAGAAGCUGAGUUUCAAGGAGCGGGUGCGGAUGGCCAGCCCCCGAGGGCAGAGCAUCAAGAACAGGCAGUCUUCGGUGGGAGACCGCCGGUCCCCAAGUGCCGACGUGGCCACCGAGGGCAGCCCCACCAAAGUCCAGAAGAGCUGGAGCUUCAACGACCGAACCCGCUUCAGGCCCUCGCUGCGGCUGAAGAGCUCCCAGCCCAAACCCGUGGUUGACGCUGACACCAGCCUGGGGACGGACGACGUGUACGACGACAAAGGGUGCCAGUGUGAUGUGUCGGUGGAAGAUCUCACCCCUGCUCUGAAAACUGUCAUCAGAGCUAUCAGAAUUAUGAAAUUCCAUGUUGCAAAGAGGAAGUUUAAGGAAACGCUUCGUCCGUAUGAUGUCAAAGAUGUCAUUGAGCAGUACUCGGCAGGCCAUCUGGACAUGCUGUGCAGGAUUAAGAGUCUCCAGUCUCGCGUUGACCAAAUCCUUGGGAAAGGACAGAUCACAGCGGAUAAGAGAAGCAGAGAGAAGAAUCCCGCGGAGCAUGAGACGGGCGACGACCUCAGCAUGCUGGGCCGUGUGGUCAAGGUGGAGAAACAGGUACAAUCCAUCGAGUCCAAACUGGACUGUCUGUUGGACAUCUACCAACAAGUGCUGCGAAAGGGAUCUGGCUCCGCGCUCACCUUGGCUUCCUUCCCCAUGCCGGCCUUCGAGUGCGAGCAGACCUCUGACUACCAGAGCCCCUCCGACAGCAGGGACCUCUCCGCUUCCGCACACAUCAGCGGGUGCGUUUCCAGAUCAGCCAGUGCCAACCUGCCCCGUGGCCUACAGCUCAUCCUGACACCAAAUGAGUUCAGCACUCAGGCUUACUAUGCUCUCAGCCCAGCUAUGCAUAGUCAGGCCACUCAAGUGCCAAACGACGGACCUGCCGGGGUUAGUAACUCAGCAAACCAAAUAAACCAGGCGACGAAGCCGGCAACUCCGACGACACUGCAAAUACCGCCUUUCUCAUCCAUGAAGCACCUCAACAGGCCGGAGCCCGUCCACAUUAUUCCUGUAACCACGCAGGAAAACGUUUCCGAUGUCACCGCUUGCCUUGUCGCCUCCAGGGAUAACGGACAAGUGGCGCAGCCCAGCACGACCAAGGAUCUCACGUGGAGGAAAAGCCUGGAUGUAGAAGGAGAACCUUUGCUCUCCGUUAAACCCGUGGUGCAGAUGGAUUUGGGAAAAUCUUUGUCUGUGCAGAACCUCAUCCAGUCGACGGAAGAACUGAAUGUGCAGGUGGCUGGCAGCGACUCCAGCGGUUCCAGAGGGAGCCAAGACGUGUACUCCAAGUGGAGGGAGUCAAAAUUAUUUAUAACUGAUGAAGAGUUGGAGGCGGAGGCAGGAGCAGAGACUCCCGAAGCCAUCUCGCGCCCGUUGGUGGACACGGCUCUCUCUGCCGACUCUCUGAGGACUGGAAUAUCAAGAUCAUCUCAAAGCCUUUGCAAGCCAGGGGACGGUACAGAAGCGCUCAAUCUGCUCCACGUCAAACUGAAAUAACAGCUCGUGGGCUUUUCUUCGUUGGCUGGGUCAUUCCUCUAGUCAUACAUAUCACAGCAUGAACUGGUUUGAGAGCCUUUUUAAUAAGAUAAAAUCACAAAAAAAUCAGGAUGAAUCCGAGAAGCAGUCGAAUGAGCCCAUAUCUCCCAGUUGCAUGAAAAUGCAUGUUUCAGUGAAGGCUGACACUCAAAUUUACACCCACAGUACGGCGGCCUUUCCUGUAGUGCGGCGGGGUCCGGCGGCGCGGUGCCCCCAGAGCUCACGCGGCAGGACCUUCCGAAACGCAACAAUUCCAGCAUUCAGACCUAGUGCCGUUUCCACAGAGCAGAAGUCAAAAUCGCAAGGUUUAAAGCACUUUGCUUCUGAACUAGUUAAAUAUAGAUAUAUAUAUAAUGUCCUGAUUUAGACGAUAGUUUAUGUUUACAACAACAAAAAAAAAAAAAAAAUGAUCUACAGCUGCUAGCAAGGUACCAAGGAAACCAGUACCGGGGGGUGAGAAAUGGCUGCCAGUUGCAAGAUACACACAUUGGCUCAUCAGCAAUCAGUUAUUUUUAACUCUGAAAACCCAGAUCGUUACUAUCCAUCCGAUUUUUGGUGAUCGAGUGGUGCGGCAGCAGCACCUGACACACCACUGUCACGUUGCUCUUUAUAACGAGAACAUUAUUUUGCUGCGAAAUGUUUGUAUUUUAAGGGUUGGGGCUGGCCUCAGCAACGGGUAACCCGGGGGACUGCACUGAAAAUCCAGGGAAUCUCUGCUUCUCCCAGCCCCACGGAGGAGCUGCCCUGGGAAUGUGGGACAUUCCGGCAGCAGCAGGAGAGGGAAGGAAGCGGGCGCUGCCUUUACUGGAGAAGCAGCAUUUCCUUCUGCGGAAAUUUUGGCAAUUUUCCUCACUGUCCCAGCCGGGACAGCGCUUCCUAAGGCUGGGAAAGGAGGGGAAAGGAGGAGCUGAAACACAGAGUAAAACUACAGGGGAUAGCACAGGGACGAGAGAAAGGCAACACAGUCAACGAAGGGGAAAAAAGAUAUGGAUUAAGAUGGGCAGGAAGGGAAAUGAUCCCAGAAAAUAGAGGAAGGAAGUUAAAGAGGCAAAAAGAUUUAUUUUUUUUACAUCCAGCCUGUCGGUCACAGAUACUGAGUGCUAUUUCCAAGAAAACCAGCCAUGUAGGCAGUCAGAAAUGGAAACAGAAGUAGGGAAAACCACCUUAACUGAAAAAGACCUGAAGGCAAAAAGUUUUUUGUUUGUUUGUUGGGUUUUUUUUUAAUAUAAAGGGGAGGAAGAGAGAGGGGAAGAGGUCCCACACUUUAGCUCAGCACUGUGUCCCAACAGCAGUCAUUUCUUGUGAGCUUCCCCAGAAAGGACCUCCAGGCUCCUUCCUCCAAACACCCCAGUUUUCCCAUCCAAAGCUGAGCAUUUCUGCCUGAUAAAUCCUCUUUUUUUUCCUGUCCUGACCCACACUUCCCCCCUGCCAAGGUGCAGGAGCAGUGUCAGUGCCUCUCUGCACGUCCCCAGCAAGGCUUGGCCAUGGGAGAACCCUAGAGGAGCCUCAACGGGCUUUGGCUCUUCCCAGCUGGAGGAGGUCUCUGUUGGUGUCCUCCCCCCACAUUCACACCCCACCUGCCCCACAGAGAGCCCGGCUGGUGCCCCACUUCCCUCUAGCAGCAGGACCACUGGCUGUGCGUGGGGGCACAGUGCCAGCUCGCUCAGGGCAGUGUCUCCUCAAGGCCCAGACCUGCUGGGAACUUGGUGUGUUCACCAGAAACGUCACUCCAGUCUUACACCACCACUCCACGCCAUAAGUUGUGUUGUGAAGGACUCUGUUGUUAUUUUGGCUUCCAUAUUUCCUUUACAGAAGUAUUCCUGGGUGUCACACAGGAACCUUAUUAUGUGAAAGUACAUGCAAACUGCAGAGUGUGUGUACUGUGUCGUUACACGGGGUCCACAGAUGGUACAUGGUGUUCCACGGAUGGUACAGGGUGGUCCACAGAUGGUAGAGCAUGUUCCACAGAUGGUGCACGAUGUUCCACAGAUGGUACAGGGUGUUCCAUGGGUGGUACACGGUGUUCCACAGAUGGUGCACAAUGCUCCACGGAUGGUACAGGGUGUCCCAUGGGUGGUACAGGGUGUUCCACAGAUGGUGCACAAUGCUCCACCGAUGGUACAGGGUGUUCCAUGGCCUACAACAAAGCAAACGUCAGCUGCUCAAUCCCCAAAGAUACCUUGAAGCACAAUUUCCCCACCACUGAUUGGCCAGACAAUUUACCACACCCAGCCUCUCCUGGUUUCGUUUCUGUGCAGUCUGUCUGUGCUACAGCCUGAUGACAACAGCAAUUCUGUGAGGAAUAAUAGGGGGUUUUUCCACAUCUCAGUUCACUUAACUAUUACCUUAUCUAGGCAGAUGUUACUGGGUGGGUAAGAUUUUACUCACCCAGUAUCCAAAAUUUUCAAAACUUACAAGUUUGGGGUGUUUUUUAGGCUUUUCUUUCUGUUUCCUAAUGGUUUACGGUGCCUUUCCUGCCUUUCAUACGAAGCCUCCCGAAGGCCUAACCCGGGGCUCGGUUAAGGAGCAAGAGACGGGGCACCUGGCAACUCAGUGUUGGGGACGCGGGUCCCUUCCCCUCCUUGAGGAGAGCAGAAGCCCAGGGGGUCAGGAACCGGGACCCCACUCUCGGGUGGGAGCAGGGAGCCUUGGCCCCGCCGGUACCGACCCCCCGCAGAAAGGGGGCCCCGGGGUUUGCUGAAAAUUUAUCUCACGGAAACUUGGUAUUUUUGCCUUAAACGACAUGCUUGAGUCCUUCUAAUUUUAAGUUAAUUUAUUUAAUACAAUUUUAUGCACAAAAGAAUGAGUUCUAUAAAUUAUGUAUGAAAAUGUUAAUGUCUUUACAAAGUACUAAUAAAUCCAGAAGAUCCUAUCUUUUCAAAUUAUGGUUUAAAAUCCUAAUUUUUUUUUUUCUUUUAUGCUCACCAUUAUUAUUUUUGUAGCUGUAAGUCUUAUCAUAUAGGAAUUUUUUAACAUACUGUUGCUAGAAAAUAGAAAAAAGUAGUGAAUAUAUGAAAUUCUGGAGAGGAAGAAUUGUUUGUUUGGAUUUUUAUAAGCUUUGCUCUUAUUUCCUCAUGAGGAGUUUCCUGUUUCUACGCUCUCUCUUUAAAGACAGUGUCAGGACCGACUGUCAUUCAUCGGUGUCACAGAAGAAGGACCUUUUCCAGAGCUGCUGGUUGCCGUCCAGCUCGUGACAGCUCAUAGGAAUGACUAGGGACAAAGGGCGCUUUUUUUUUUUCUUUUUCUGCUCUACAAGCCACUUGGGGAUUGUUGAAGAGAGAAUUUGAACUUAAGUAAGAGCUUCAGGAAUUAAGCCUUAUCCGAAUAACUGUUUUCUGAUCAGCGUGUUUCUUGUACCUGAUUGAAGAGAGAACUGAAAAGAAUAGUUUUGAUGAUUAUUAUUUGUUUAAAAAUUUGUAUUUGCUCCUGGCUUAUAUGAUCUAUACUUUUUAUUUAAAUAUGAAUAUAGUGUUUUAGCCUAGGGUUGAAGAUUGCAAAGAUCAUACACUUUUAUUCACAGUGCCCACGGUUGUUCUGUAUGUUUUUGAGAUAAACCUCCUUAGAGUGACUGCUCUCAUGACAGCGUGGUGAGGAGUAAUUCACCUGCUCUUCCGUGGUAAGUCCAACCAUACUGAGCUGCUGAUGCAUAGCAGAACAUCUGAUGUACAGUAGUAUUUCUGGAUUGGGACCUGCAAUCCUCACUCAAGCAAAAAUUCUAUGGAAUUCAAGAAUUUUUCUUGAAUCGGGAGCUCGGAUUCAAAUCCUUAUUUUGUUGGGCAUCUGUUUAAAGUGAAAAUGGUAAUAUUCCAGUUAUUUCCUGAGGAAACUAAUAUUUAGCUGAUUUACCCAUGUCACAUUGACUAUAUAAAAAAAUAACGCACAAAAUAUUGAUGUAAAAAGGGAAGAAAAGAAGGGACAUUUUUUAAAAAGCACAGAGAAAAGGAGAAUAAUCAGAAAAAGAGGAGUAAGCGGGAAAAGAAAAUAUAACAGCGAGGAAUGAAAAAAGGGGUUUAAAGACCCGAGGCUAAAUUCAUCCUUGGAUGGCUUCACUGACUUCACUGGCUUCACUGCCCAACGGGGUGAAGUUCAGCCUCCACUGGGAUAAUCAGGCUCAGUUCUGCUGAGUUCUGAAAGGAACUGAACCCACCUACACCAGGAAUGAACUUGCCUCUCUGGGCCAACUUUUAUCCUGACUCAUAUGUCAUGCAAUCCUUUUGGAUUCAUUAGGUUUGAAUGAAAUACAGGUCAGAAAAGAAUUUGCCCCAGAUAUUUCUGCUUCACAUUUUUUUUUUUCCAAGUGUGUUAAUCGACUUAAUUCAAAUGGAUUACAACAUCACACGAAGUGCUGUCACUGUCUAAAAAGGUUAAUUGGUUUUUGAAAUAAGAAUUGUCCCCUGCAGCGUCAGUGGAAGCACGUGAUAUUUUCCUGUUCAUUCAUCUGGAUGCAAAUGUGACCAUUAAUUCAGCGGUGGCCACGCACUGGACAAUUCCAGACAUACCCAAUAUCCUCUGCUAUUGGAAGCAUUUUUUUACUUCUUUGCAAGAUAAUAAAAGCCUGCUUGAUAACAGGCUUAGAAAGCACGAAGGCUGCUCCCACUGACACUGCAACGACAUCAGCCAGUACAUUACAAUGUUAAUUGUAACUUCUUGACAAAGUUGAAUCCAUAUUGUUGUUAAUAAAAACGAUUUGAAAAGUA